AGAGAUUGAUUAAUCUAAUUUAAUACUUACGAAUAACGGCACGCAUCACAGCUGACUUGGAUUAUCGUACGAAGUAGUAAUAAUGGAACAUAAUUCCCUGUUGAAUAGCAUCAUAAAUAUUAGUAGUGCUGUCAAUGCCCAACCGCUACAAAUGGGUGAAUAUACCCAUAAUGAUAAUACUAGCCUUAUAAAUCAUAAUAUAACAUCAGCGAAUUUUCAUGAUCUCUUCUCAUCACGUGAUCUAUCAUCUUUGAAUGUGUUACAGAAUGUUGCAAAUAGUCUUUUGAAUCAUAACAUUCCUAACACAACAACUGCUGAUUUCAAUCAGCUGAUCAUGUCCAAUUGGAAAUUAUUCAGUGAACAGUAUAAAUCUGUGAUGAUGAAAGUCCUCUCCAACCAAGCAUACGCCUCAGUUACCAGUAAUAAUAAUAAUAAUAACAGCAAUAUUGUGAACGAAGAUAUGCGGACUAUGAUGAUGGUGAUGUGUGAAUCAGCCAAUCGAAGCCUACACCCUCCCACAAACAGUCAUUCAAAUCCUGUCACUACCGCAACUCCUCUAAUAUGGUCUAACCCAUGCGGGUUGAUAAAUAAUGACAAGUGUAACAAUCCAACAACACCUACACCGAUGAUGUCAACAACAAUUACACCAACAACACAUAUCCAUGGUAAAGUGAACAGUAAACAUAUACACCUGGAAACGCAGCCGAAUGAUGUUGAGCAUAUGGAUCAUAUGCUGCGAAUGUUACCGGGGAAUAAUUCCUGUCUAUUUCCAUCGAAGCCACCUUACUCUUAUAUAGCAUUAAUUGCUAUGGCGAUUAAAUAUGCACCAGGUCAGAAAAUCACUCUGAAUGGUAUUUAUCGAUUUAUCAUGGAACACUUCCCAUAUUAUCGUGAUAAUCGCCAAGGUUGGCAAAAUUCAAUCAGGCAUAAUUUAAGCCUGAAUGACUGUUUUGUUAAAUUACCACGGGAUAAAAGUAGGCCAGGGAAAGGGAAUUAUUGGACAUUAUCAACAAGUGCAGAUGAAAUGUUUGAACAUGGAAAUUAUAGACGUCGAAAAAGACGUACUAAAUCGUCAGUAUUUUCACCAACUUCAAUGUCUAUAUCAUCACAAUCUCUGCCUUCGUCAACAUGUACAGCAGUGGAAGCACCAACACCAACACCAACAGGAUCAAUAGUAUCUCCUCCUAGAGGAAGAUCAUCUUUACCUGCUAUUUCGUCAAGAAUAUCAGAAUUUAUUAGUUUACCUAAAGAAUUAAUUAUUCCAACAGAAUGUGAUUUGCACUCAUCUGCUUCAUCGUCUUUAUCCUCGUCAUCGUCUUCCCAUUCCUCCGCCUCACCAUCUUCAGCAUCCUCUUCCUGUUCAACAGCAUCUUCUAUAUCAAGAAUGCCAGUCGACACAACUGCACUGCAGCAAACACCUAUGCAGUAUGAUGAAAACGUCUUCUCAAAGAAUAAUAAUAAUUUCUCCUAUAAUCAGUGUUCAGAUUCAUUAAAUCUAUUCACAAAUUCAUUUAAUACAAUUUAUAAUCCACCAGCAUGGACUACUAAUAUUGACAACAUAAGUAGUAAAUGCAUGCAGUAUCAAUUAUCUUCGAAUAGUAAACUGUAUCCAAAUGGAACGAAAAAUAGUAGUAGUAGUAGUUUAAUAAUAAUAAUAAUAAUAGUUCACCGUCAGAGGAGAACCAACUGAAUACAUCCAGUUCAACUGAGUCAACGAAUCGUUCAAACUUCUCUACACACAAUAAUAAUAAUAAUAAUAACAGUGCCAAUGGCAUGGUGAAUUGUUUACCGAAUUUUUCAAUUCAAUCUUUAAUCGGCAGCGGGAAAUCGCAUACAGCGACGGUGACAACAACAACAGCAACUACCGAGGAGAUUAUUCAGAGUUAGGAAAUUAAAUAGCACACUGGUGAGUGUGUGUGUGUAAGUGCGUCCACGUCUGGGUGUUUAAAGCUGUUGCUUCGUUGUUUACCGUUUGAAAAUGUGAUUAUGGUUCAGUGUAAUCAAAUACUGUCUGCCUCCGUAUCUGCUUACAUGACUGACUACUGUUCUCUGUGAUCUAACAAUGUUUGUUUGUGUUUGUGUGUGUGUGUACAUGUGAAUUAGUAACUGAUUGACAUUCAUUUUGUUUUAGAAUAUUAAUAAUAAUAAUAACAACAAUAAAAUAUGACAAUAAUAAGUUAACUGUAUUAAAAUUUAGGAAAAACUUAUUUAUAUAUCGAUCUUGUUUUCAGCCUUCCUUUUUAUGAUGUAAUAAAAGUGUAUUCUAUGCUCCAUUCAUCUUACUCAUAUUAACUUUCUGACAACACUGAAUACUGGCUGAUUGACACGUUGAAUCAAUUAGUUUAUAUGGAACAUUGUACAUUUUUGAAUUGAUGCAUGUUUACAUACCUGCAUCAAUUCCACACACCCCUAUGCCUCCGUCUGUCCGUUUGUCUAUUCAACUGUCUCUCUCACACUGUUUACUCAGUCGCCU